AUGAUUGGCACCAACAGACUACAGCGCAUUCCAAAUGAAGUAUUACGAGCCAGACAUGGCGUGAAACAUAUUAUCGAAGCAAUGUACACCAGAAAAAAGAACUUGGCUGGUCAUGUGGCACGGAUUUAUUUUGUAUUUAAUAUUUUACCGACAAUUUUGGAUAUUAUAAUUGCCAUUAUUUUCUUUUUUGUCACAUUCAACGUGUAUUUUGGCUUGCUUGUACUUUUUGCAAUGACCGUCUAUCUCGUACUAACAAUAACUAUAACCGAAUGGCGGACAAAAUUUCGCCGUGAAAUGAAUGAUAAAGAGAAUUUUUCACGUUCGAUCGGUGUCGAUUCGUUAUUGAAUUAUGAGACAGUGAAAUAUUACAAUGCCGAAGAGUUAGAAGUGAAUCGGUUUGCAAAUUCUGUGAAACAGUUUCAACAAGCCGAAUGGCGUUCCAACGCAUCGCUGUCGCUGCUUAAUCUCAGCCAAAAUGCUACCAUUGGUGUGGGCUUGGUAAUCGGCUCAUUACUCGUUGCUUAUCUGAUAUCAGUGGACCAAAAAUCAAGUCUCACUGCUGGUGAUUAUGUUCUCUUCACCACAUACAUGUUGCAGUUGUAUACCCCGUUAAACUUCUUCGGCACUGUUUAUCGGUAA